AUGCCUCGUGUAAGUAAAUCACAAAAAGAUCCAAAUGCACCAAAACGUCCAUUAUCAACAUUUUUCUUAUUUUCACAAGAUGAACGACCAAAAAUAAAAAAAGAUAAUCCAUCAUUAUCAGUUGCUGAUAUUGCUAAACUUAUUGGUGAACGAUGGCGUUCAAUAAGUGAAGAUAAAAAACGUCAUUAUGAAGAAAAAGCUCGAACAGAAAAAGAACGAUAUGAUCGUGAAGUAGCCGAAUAUAAAAAACAAGGUGGUGGUAAAUAA